AUGAACAUAGGUGUUCAACGCAGACGAGCCACUUUCUGCACCAACAACAUGGACACUUCUAUCAUUACCAUCACGGGAAGUGAAUCGACCGUUGAGAGAAUUGGAAUGGGCCACUGCGGAUCCGUCUGGGCCAGUCAAUCCAGCAUCGCCCUCAAACGUGAGGAUGGCGGCCCUGGCCAGUCUCUACUUGAUGAACAUGGCAUCCAUCAAGACUACACCUCUUGCGAUGCCCUGCUCUCUGAGCGCAACCCCCCAGUACAAGAGUCUGCUCGCCGCCUCCUCGUCGAGAAGUACUGCCCCGAGCCUUCACGCGAAAGCAUGCUCGCCGAUCCUAAGAAUGAAGACUGCAUCAUCCGCGCCUAUCUCGGCCGCCGUCGCUUUCGGCCGAGGGCUGCCUCGCGCUUCGCGGCUUUCAGUCUGAGAAACUACCCUCUCCACGCGGACCAGAUGGAUGAUCUCGGGCUUGAUCAACCGAUAUAUGCGGCGGCUGUCAUGCCACAGGCUCUGGCGUUUAUGCAUUGGAGGGCUCGAGUGGAUGCAAAUGAUGUCUAG